GUGAACUAUCUCCGGACUCGGCCAUAUUGAAAUAUUGAAUGUCUCUGUUACACAAGGGCUCAAGAGUAGCCGUGAAAUUUUCGCGUGAUCCUCGACGAAGAGAGGAUAAAAGACAUCAUGGAAAAUACGUACAGCAUUAACGUUACCAAUAAAUUCUCGGUACCGUUGUUGGGUGAUGACGCAGAUCUGCACGAGAUUAUGCAGCAACGGGAACAAGAGAAGGAAGCUAAGAAAAAGGAGAAGCUUACAGAGAAGGAGAAUAAGAGUAAGCAGCCGGACGCUCAAAAGCCACCCGGUAACAAACCGCAAAAAGCUCGAGUGAUAAAGGAUGCACAGCCACCAGCCGUGAAGGUGCAAGAUCCAAAGAAAGAGCAAGUAGACAAAAAGCCUCCGCAACAGAGAACUAGUGGUGGAGAGCGCAUCGUUAAAUUUUCUGGAGAAAGUAGGGAAGAACGCAAUAAUAGGCGCAAUCGUGAAGAUGGCGAAAGGACGCCUCGUGGACAAGGAGAAUUAAGACGUGGACCUCCUGGCGAGGGACGUGAAACGCGAGAAUUUAGAAAUUCUAAUGAUACUCAACAACGUGGGGAAUAUGGAGAGCGUAGGGUUCGUGGUGGAAUGCGUGGAAUGGGACGUGGACGUGGAGGGCCACGUGGACGUGGUGGAUACGAUAGCCGUGGAAAACGUGAAUUUGAUCGUCAAUCUGGCUCCGACAAAACCAGCGGGAUUAAACCAGUGGAUAAAAAAGAUGGUGCUGGUAGCCAUAACUGGGGUACCCACAAUGAUGAAAUUGAGGAAAGUUUGAAUCCAGAGAGUCAAGAUUGGCCUAACGAGAAACCUGACGGAGAUGCUCCACAAGCAUCCCCGGAAACAAAAGAAGGGGAAACGAAUCCGGACGCAGUGGAAGAAAAACCAGCCGAAGAAGAAUCGCGUGAAUUGACAUUGGACGAAUGGAAAGCUCUGCGUAAUAAUAGAGCGAAGCCUCAGUAUAAUAUACGCAAAGCUGGAGAAGGUGAAGAUUUGACUCGCUGGAAAAAGAUGUACGCACUCGAAAAAAAGAAGGAAAGCGCCGAGGAAGACGAAGAAGACGAAGAAGACUAUGACGCAGCAGCGGAAUAUCCACAACGAGUUGGUAGGCAGAAACGUGUGUUAGGAAUCGAGAUACAGUUCAGUGACUCUCGACGUGGUGCCGGUGGACGUGGUCGAGGACGAGGUGGCCGUGGGGAACGCGCCAACAGCCGUGGAUUUGGAAAUCGUGGUGGCGCUCCAAGAGAUGGAGAACCACGUGGUCCUCCUCCACAAGUUGAGCAAAGGUCGCCUCGUGGACGUCAAAACGCUCCAAAAGUAGACGAUGAAAAUGACUUCCCAUCAUUGGGAUAGGUGGUUUCGUUCAUCAUCUACACAGUAUCCCACCAUUACCACCAUCAUCAGUACUACUACCACAGAUAAAAUUACCACUAAUACUAAAAAAAUAUUACUAUCAACAUUUUUGCGUCAGUGACAACGUUAAAUGCAUAAUACAGUACACCUUUGCAAAAUGAGAUACGUAAUUUACCUAAAUAAAUCAUAGCGCAUGAAUGCGCUCUUACAUAUUGGCACGUUGACGUACACAUAAAAAGUCGCAUGAUAUGAACAAAAUAUAGAUCACGAUCCUUUUUUGUACUUGUAACAACUGAGUUUGUCCGUAACUAGUUACGAACACUAGUUCGCAGAUGAACAGUAAUAAGAACGAGGCUGGAUAUUCAUGGACUUGUUAAUAAUUGUGAAUUUGAUCAAUACUAGACGAAAAAUAUAUGGCUGAAAGACUUUAAAGCGGACCAGCAGGAAUAUAAUAUCAAAAGAUAUAGUCAUUUUACAUGAUAGUUUGAAGCUACUUAAAUCCAAGUGAAAUACUGUUUCAAACAGAAACGAAAUUAUUCCAUCUGUAUACAAAGGAGUUGAGGCGGUUCACCCUCGAUUUUUAAUUUUGAUGUCGUAUAUCGAAGGCCUAAGGAGGCUGGCCAUAGCACCGACUUUCACAGACACGUGUAUAAUAACUUGUUAGGCGGUAAAUUUUAAACAUUCUUUCUGUUUUAUAAUUUUGAUACGGUGUUAGGAAAAGCCUUCCUUCAUAACUGACAAGUUGUUGUUUGUCAAACAUAAAACGUAAGACUUUUAAAGCGUGUAUUUCUAUCUAAGAAAACAUCUCUGAUAUUAAAGUGUCUACUUAGGUAUGCUAAGUUUGGCUUAUAUAGAAAUAUAUAGGGAUUUUCCUUUCAAUGAUGUAACCGGUCUGUAAGAAGUUAACAUUUAAGUAAAUAUUAGACACACUGAUACACAGCUUUACAUAUAUAUUAUAUAACGAAUUUAAGAAAGUGCGAUCGAAACACGUUGAGAGGGACGAUAGUACGAAUCCAGUCUUAUAUAGUUACGUUACGCGUCAAUCAUCAUGUUCUAUGACCCGCUAUAUUAGUUAUCUAUUGUAUUUGUUACAUGUAAUAUGAACGGAUACUACAGCCAAAAAUUCAAACCCUCUCCAUAAUGCGAAAAUGUUAUAAAGUUGUUCGAAGCUUAGGUAUAUGUGUAAAUAACAUGAUAUUUACAGUAAUAAAUCGUGACCACACGAGUCACUUUGGACUUGACUACCUAACCAGUCGACUUACGGAGAAAGAUAGAAAAGGUUUUUAUUUGUGCAGUAUGUGAAGAAUGUGAGUACAAAAGAGAGGAAACAAAAAAAAGAAAAGUGUGUACCAACUUACAUCGAAGUCUUCGUUAUAAGGCACGAUGAGAAUUGGACGUCACUGAAAGCUAUGAAAAAAGAGAAAAAUAUGAGAGGUGCUGUACCCAAUAAAGUUAUGAGUCAAAUUUCAUUGUAA